AUGAGCCCCUCAAUGCCAGACAGGUUUGACUUCAUCGUCGUCGGCGCCGGUGCAGCAGGGGCGAUCCUCGCAGCUCGUCUGGCAAACAGCAAGCAUCGUCCUUCGGUCCUUCUCGUCGAGGCCGGCGGGAAAAACGACUCCAAGGAUGUUCGAGCGGACGCAGAAAGGUGGCUUCAUCGAAUGAUUCCUUCGCAGAAUUGGGGUUACAAGACUGCACCCAUCAAAGGCUUCGAUGGGAACAUCAUUGACUACGAUCGUGGCAAAGGGCUUGGGGGAAGCACUGCCAUCAAUUUCUCCGUCUGGACCGUCGGUCCAAAGGAUGACUAUGAUCAGAUCGCAAAUCUCGUGGGCGACGACGAAUGGAGCUGGAACAAUGCUCAGAAGAGAUACAAACGGCUCGAAUCUUUUCACGCGACGGCUCCGAAUGUACCAGGUGAUGCCAAGCGGUAUCUUAACCCUGACCCAAAAGACCAUGGGCACGACGGGCCUAUCAAGGUCGGCUUUCCACAGGUCUGGGAGCCUUCGUGCACGGCACUGAUGGACAUCUGGUAUGCCAACGGUACAAAGCCCAACCCCGACCAUAAUUCCGGAGACCCAAUCGGUCUUGCCGCCUGCGUUUCAACUGCAUACCAAGGGAUUAGAUCGACAUCCGCAGACGCGUUGGUGGGGGCACCCAGCAACCUACACGUCUUGGUUGACGCUGAGGUGGCUCAAGUGACUUUCGAUGGCACAAAGGCGACCGGGAUUAAGACGACUGGAGGGAAGGUUUUCCAAGCCGACAAAGAAGUCAUUUUGUCGUGUGGCGCCCUCGAUACACCAAGAAUUCUGAUGCAUUCCGGCAUUGGCCCCGUGGACGAGCUCAGCAGCUUCAACAUCCCCAUUUUGAAAGCCAAUGAUAACGUUGGGAGGCACCUCAAGGAUCAUCACCACAUCAUGAUCCCAUCUCUCCGAGCAGACCACACGAGUGAGAGGACCCGCUUUUAUAAAAACAAGGAACUUCAGGCUGCUGCCCGAGCCGCGUGGGAGAAAGACGGUACUGGGCCCUUGGCGGAAUACGGCUGCGCUCUGGGUAUUGCAUACCUGAAGCUGGAUAAAUUGUACGACAGCGCCGAGUUCCAAGCUCUACCAAAGGAAGAUCAAGAAAAACUGCGGAAGCCGACAGUUCCUCACUACGAGUUCAUCCUCAAUGGUGCAUGGCUUCCCAAUUUCAUCGACCCAGAAAACGCACAGGCCGGAACAACCGUGUUCGUGUUCGUCCUCAAUCAGAUGUCGACAGGCGCCGUCAGACUCCAGUCGUCCGAUCCCACGAAACCACUUAUCUUCGAUCCCAACUUCUUCUCCCACCCAUUUGACAGACGGGUGGCCGUGGAGGCUACACGAGAUGUUCUGAGGGUCCUGAAGAGCCCCGAGUUCCAAAAAGACACCCUGGCUAUCGACGGCCCCAAGAGUGAGUCUGAGGAUGAUAUCCUGGCCUUCUGGCGUGCGGGCAGCGGCUCAACAUGGCACAUGAUGGGGACUGCUCGGAUGGGCAAGGAUGAAGAGAAGGCCGUUGUGGACAACCACUUCAAGGUUUUUGGGGUGGAGAAUCUCAGAGUGGCUGAUAUGAGUGUCAUCCCCAUUGUUUCCAACAACCACACUCAAUCAACGGCGUAUCUUGUGGGGCUGACAGCAGCGGACAAGCUGGUUGAAGAAUAUGGACUUGAUGGGUAA